CAACUACAUAACGACAAUUUUCGCACUGCACUUCUUACGCUAAUUUCCUGAGAUGGAAAAUCUCCAGGACACAAGAAAUUUUCUUAAUUUUCUUAACGAUUAUCGUUUCACGAUAUCGAUUUCUGUAACGUGUAUCAGUGGUAUUCGUACUUUUACCAAUGCGGUGUGGUAAAUCCUAAGAUUUACUGUUUGUGUCCGGUAAAAGUCCGAAAUCGAAACAAAAUACCUAGUUUUCGGGCUUUUACCACUUGGUUUUGGUAAAUCCUAGGUUUAGCGCGCUUAUCCUAGGUUUUACCGAAUUUCGGGCAUUUACAGUAACAUGUACAUGUUACUUUGUCUCAAAAGAUACCGCCCGCAAUAAAUUAAAAUUAUAAAUUUGUCUCAAGGUGAAACGUUGAAGAGAUUUAAUUAAUAAUUAGUAACCGAGCUCGUCUUUUUGUGAGUCAUUACACCAUAUUAUGGUUUUCGCAAAAAAUGUAGGCAUAUCAGUGGCAUGGAAAAGUAGAAGUACCUCAAAUAACCCGGUCCUGUUAUCAUUAUUUAAUAAGUUUACCAUCUUACAUAUCCAAGGUUAUUAUCAAACCAGUCAAUGAUUACUGCGUUUAAUCUAGUGACGUUAAAAAUCAUGCACAUAAUUGUUGCUGCUUGUUUAUUGGAUUUUUUCAUAGGGCCUUCUUUGGCAUCGUACAAUGUAGCGUUAAUUGAACUGCCUCCUAAUUUAAACUAUACAAAGAGCUUAGAAGAAAUUCUAGAGGAAAAUACAAAUAAUUAUCUGGAUAUUAUAGAAAAUGUAACGAAAAAUCAGACAUUGGAUUUGAUAAUAUUUCCAGAAUCAACUCUCACCCCUUACUUUUCCACCACUUUUACUUCAUCCCUAGUACCAUCAAGUGACGUCAUUCUGUGCAAUUCAACCGACACUCGAUAUCAGAGAUUUUUAAGACACAUUUCUUGUGCAGCUGUACUGCAUAGCACCACUAUUGUCAUUAAUUUUACUGAGGAAGAAAUCGAUGAAUCUGGCAAUAAAUUGUUUUAUAAUACUAAUGUGGCACUAGGUACUGAUGGUACAGUUUUGGCAAGAUAUCGCAAAUACAAUCUUUUCGGAGAACGUGGCAAAACAAGACCGGAAAUUUUGGAUUUGCCGGUUAUAACCAUUAAAAAUACAACUUUCGGCAUUAUGACCUGCUUCGACAUUCAGUUUGGAAAGCCUGGAUUCAAUUUAGUCAAAGAGAAACGAGUAGAAAAUAUUAUAUUUCCUUUAAACUGGAUAUCAGAAUUGCCAUAUUUAACUGCAUUGCAAACCGAACAAAUGUGGGCUCAAGAAAUGGACGUGGUGCUUCUAGCUGCAGGAGCAAGUUACCCUGAGACAGGAGCCGGAGGCUCGGGGAUAUUUUUAGGAGCUAGAGGUGCACAAUUAAGUGAAAUAUCUCCCACAGGUAGUACUAAUAUUUUGAUAGGGUCCGUUUCGGAUAAUGUGACAUCACAAAAAACUUUUAAUGAACGAGAAACUGACGAUUUAGCUUCAUCAAUGGAUGAUUUUUUCAUGCUUGUGGAUCCAACUAUUAAAGAUCACAACUCGGUAAUUUUGGACUUAUCUCAAGAAAAUUUCAAUGCAACAGUAUGUCAUGAAGAACUUUGCUGUGAUUUUUCGAUCAAUAUUUCUGUAAGUUCUUCUCAGAGUGCCUCCAAGGACGUUUACACUUAUCAUUUGGUGGCUUUCAAUGGGGUAAGAACCUAUUCUGGAUUUUAUUAUGGCGGAGUGGAAACUUGUGGAAUAGUGGCUUGUUUGAAUGGUUCGGUGGAUUCUUGUGGAAGAAGAUUCUCAAAUUAUUCAACAGUUUCCUGGCCAAUAACCUUCAAUUCCAUUGAAAUCAAUGGCAACUUUACACCAUCAAAGGACCGUAUUCAAUAUCCAACUACUUUACUUAGCUCAAUACGGCCAUUAGCAGUUCAAGACUAUUCGUGGAAGAAAACUGAACUAAAUUCAACAAUUCAACGAUCCAUUGUGUCCCUUAAACCUCAAAAUAGGUUGCUGACUUUUGGAAUAUUUGGUAGGGAUUUUGAGAGGGAUCGGGAACCUUUGAGGAGCAAUUCUGAAUGUAAAAAGAUGAUUUUUUCCGUGUUAAUUCUAGUAUUUCUGUUGAAAAUGUGUUAAAUAAAAAGUAACUGAACACAUGAGGAUUUUGUUUGAACCAUUAAGUAAUCAUUGAACGAGAACAAUCUAGAU